AAGUGUUUGUACUUGCAACUUGCAAGCAACUCUUUGAAGCCAAGGCUAACUCAGAGAAAGACAGAAGACCUUUCCAAAGGCUCUUUCUUUGCCAAAUUCGUUGUUUCUUAGCCACUCUUCUACUCACACGGCGGAUAUCGCAAGCUUUAUUCUCAAUUUUCUUCAGAAUAUUCCAGUUACCUAUUUGGAACGAAGAACUUAUUUAGCUUCCAAAUUCUGUUCCGCUAAUCUGCUUGGCGAAAGAGGGAAAGAACAUGGCAGGACAACUGCCAGAGAAUCCUUCUUAUCCAGAACUUGCAAGAGUUGCAUCUAGCAUGCACAUUCAAGAAAAAUCUCAGUCUUUGACCCAACGAUGGUACUUCACUAAAGAAGAAAUAGAGGAUCACUCUCCGUCAAGGAAGGAUGGGAUCGAUUAUGAAAAAGAGUCACAUCUAAGGAAGUUGUACUGCUCUUUCCUGCAAGAGCUUGGAAUAGAGCUGAAAGUGCCUCAAGUGACCAUAGCUACUGCAAUGAUGUUGUGCCAUCGCUUUUACAUGCGCCAAUCUCAUGCAAAGAACCAUUGGCAGAUUGUCGCGACGGUGAGCAUGUUCCUUGCCUGCAAAGCUGAAGAAACACCACGCUGGCUGAGUGAUUUUGUUGUUGUUUCCUACAAGUUAGUUUAUAAAUGGGAUCCAUCAGCUCCACUGAGGAUCAGACAAAAGGAUAUCUAUGAUAAGGAAAAGGAGUCGAUUGUAGCUGGUGAGAGAAUGCUGCUUGCGACAGUUGCAUUUGAUCUUAACAUCGAACAUCCUUACAAGACACUUGUUGCAGCUAUGAAGAGGUUGGAAAUUUCUAACAAGGAGAUGGUCAAAGUAGCUUGGAAUUUUGUGAAUGAUUGGCUUCGCACAACACUGUGCUUGCAGUAUAAGCCCCAUUAUAUCGCUGCUGGUUCCAUGUUCCUUGCUGCUAAACUUCUGAAAGUGAAAUUGCCUACUGGAAAAGGGAAUCCCUGGUGGAUGCAAUUUGACGUUGCACCGAAACAGUUAGAAGAGGUUAUUCAAAAGAUGCUUCAGUUGCUGGAGCAGAAUCAGAAACAAGUAACACCAUCCAUGUCUGGCAGGUCGACUGAAUUAAAACCUGUUGCUGGAAAGGCAGUGUCAAGUAGCACAGAGUCUUGUAUCUCAAGUGUGUCAGUUGUUGCACAAGAUUCCAGGAAUAUGGAAUUGGUGGAGGCCAGAGGGUCGUCUACCUCCGUGACAUCCAAAUGCAGUGAGAAAGAAUCCUGCAACAUCGUCAACACUGUCAAGGAGACAGAGAGUGAGUGUGGUAGUGCAAAUAGUGCAGUUGAGGAUGGUGUUUGUCAGCCAAUUAAGGAUGACGCCAAAAAAGAAAUUUGCCAGACCAUCUCUGCUGGCGAUCACAAUGGAAAUAUUGAUAUUGAUCGAAUCAAGGAGAGAUUGAAGAGGAGGAAAUUGGAAAAGAAUUCACUGAAGAAAUUAGCCAAGGAUGACGAGAUUGAUAGUGAGGCUUGGAUUGAGAGAGAGCUGGAAAACUUGGGAUAGUGCCACUUUCUGCUAUUGCAUUGGAUGAAAUAGGUUCUAUGGAAGUACAAGCAGAAAAGCGAAAAAAGACACUUAACUGAAGAUGCAUUUGAAGUAGCAAGGUGCUGAAAAUGCAGGUGUGAAACUUUUCAGGUAAGAAGAUGACAUUCAGAAACUGUUGUCCAGUUAUGGUAACAUAUUCUGCAUCUGGUUCAAUCUUAUUUAGCAGAUAAUAGACUCCAGAUACGGGGUCUACUGCGCAUAAUGUUGGCUUUUCAUGCCUUGAUGUUUUUAUAUAAAGGGUAUGAUUUUGUGCAUAUACAUGCAGUCCAUUUAUACUAAGAGUAAUAACAAAAUUUAACUGUUGAAAGAUGGGAUGCCCGAGAGAGAGAGAGAGAGAGAGAGAGAGAGAGAGAGAGAGAUGGUAAAAUGUAUGUGGAUUAUCCAAAUGUUUGUUGAGCUUGGGUUCGAUAAGGUAAUAACGCGAUUUCCGACAGGUCUUUCUGAAUAGGAACUAGAAGAGAAGUCUCUCUUUAAUACAGGGACGGUCUGUUUUAUUAACUGGGAAUUCCCCGAGGCUCAAUGGCGGGAGGGUCUCAUGAUACGGAUCCUCUAACGUAGAAAGAAAGAGAACAGCAAAGGGUAUCAGUUGGGGAGGCAUUGUGUAGGAACAUAGGCCGAAAGUGGAAACAUGGGGAUUUGGGUCCUUUGAUAAGUUCACUUUUGCAGCUGGUUUUUAUUACUACUAUUGUUUAUAGCUGAAAGAGUAAGUAUUCUACUUCAAGAGGUCAAUUAUUUCUUCUUUGUUUUCUUAGUACCCUGUAACAAGGAAGCACUUGAGUAGUCAUGUACUCAGAACUUGUCAAGAUGUACUUUUAACAAUUGCUUCGUUAUGGACAAUUUUGCUCGUUAAUAAGCAAAC